AUGGCUAACAUCUCGUUUCUGUUUUUUGUGUGUUCCUGUACUGCAUUUGCUGGUGUCAUCUUGAAAGUGCAAGCAGAAAGCCCCCUCUUUACAUUUCCUCCUGUAACGAAUUUCAGCCUGGAAGGAGUCGCCACAAAUAUCCCAUCGUUACCGUACAUCUUCAAUAUGCCUUUCGUGCAACUCUCAAAUGGAGACAAAACCCAGGCGACAUUCUCCUGGAUGACUUACAACCAACCAAUUUCUCUCUGGGACGACAGCUUUUCUUUUGUGCUAAACUUUUCUUCUCAUUUUCAAUUUCUCACUUCUAGAAACGAUUAUAAUUCAUCCCAAUACGGCGAUGGGCUUACCUUCUUUCUCGCCCCUUUCGACUCCGAGCCGCCACAAAACUGUACAGGCCAAUGGCUAGGUCUCUUUAACCAAUCCACCGAUGGAAAUUCUUCCAAUCACAUUGUUGCCGUGGAGUUCGACACGUUCAAAAAUGAUCCAUUUGAUCCAGAUGAUAACCACGUGGGAAUCAAUGUGAAUAGCAUUGUUUCGAAGGCAAGUGUAUCCAUGAGGAAUAAGUCGGGAAUCGAAAUUGGUAGCGGAAGCAUACUGAGCUCAUGGGUGGAUUAUGACGGCCUAGCAAAGAGGCUUGAUGUGUUUUUAACGGCGGACCUGAAUGCCCUAGAGAAACCAGAAUCACCAAUUUUAUCGUAUGAGAUAGACCUCACAAAUAUUCUUCCCCAGAACAUCAAGGUCGGCAUUUCGGCUUCCACUGCAUAUUCAUUGGAACAGCACUAUGUUUACUUUUGGGAUUUUAAAUCUCACCAUUCGCCGACUCUCACGAAGGCGAACUAUGUUUUAAUAUUAGUCGUCGCCAGCGUCUUCACAGUCGCCGGAUUUGUGCUCUUAGCGGGGCUCUGGUAUUUCAGAAAUAAAAGCCGUGAGGAGGACGACAUUGAGAUAGACAAAUGGUUUAACGAAGGACCAUGCAAGUUCUCUCAUGCUGAGCUCCGCACCGCAGCUAAAUUUUUUAGCCAAGAACAAAAGCUUGGAGUGGGAGGCUUCGGCAAUGUUAACAGAGGCAUCUUGCCUGGCGCAAAAGAAGCCGUGGGAUGCCUAUAUGUCGGCAAUUAA